CCGCCGCGGUUCCACCACCCGCGUCGGCCGCAAUCCCCCUCCGUGUGCCAUCCCUAAACUUCUUUUCAACGCCGGCAAGGGCCACCACCUCCCUCCGCCACCGCAAACCUCUCAUUGCCACCACCCAAGGUUGGACCAAUCUCCCUCUAAGCUCGCUUCCUCAUUCUAAUACCUCCCCAAACUCUAAAAGCUACCAUCACAUCCUCACCCUCGGAGGCCGUUGGAGUUGGAGAAGCGGAAGCGUGGAGCAUGGUUCUGUAUUCAGAUAAUAUGGCCCAAAACAUGCUGGACAUUUACAUAUAUGACUAUUUUGUCAAGAGAAAUUUACAGACAACAGCAAAAGCCUUCCAAUCAGAAGGAAAUGUCUCAACGGAUCCAGUUGCAAUUGAUGCUCCUGGUGGCUUUCUUUUUGAGUGGUGGUCAAUAUUUUGGGAUAUAUUCAUAGCACAAACAGAUCGGGAACAUUCUGAUGUUGCAACGUCAUAUAUUGAGACUCAACAAGCAAAAGCAGAGCAUCAAAAACAACAGCAACAACAAUAUCAUCAUCAACAACAUCAGCAUCAACAAAUACAAAUGCAACAAAUGUUAUUACAAAGAGCUGCACAACAACAACAACAACAACAACAACAACAACAACAACAACAACAACAACUGCAUAGAGAUGGUUCUCAUCUUUUUAAUGGUAUCACAAGUGGAUUUUCUGGAAAUGAUCUUUUAAUGCGACAUAACCCUGCUAUUGCAAAUGCUAUGGCAGUAAAAAUAUAUGAAGAGAGGUUAAAGCUCCCUUCCCAAAGAGAUUCUUUAGAUGAGGCAUCAAUAAAGUUGCAACAAAGAUAUGGGGAAAAAUAUGGGCAAGUGCUUGAUCCAAACCAAGCAUCAUUGUUGAAAGCAGCUACAUGUGGACAAUCUUCAGGGCCAAUUUUGCCUGGAGGUAUUGGUGACUUAUCAAGUACUCUGCAACAAGUUCAGGCAAGAAGUCCGCGACUUCCUAUUCCAGAACAGAAUAUCAAAAUUAGGAUCAAUCCAAUUUUGACAAAUAGAGAUGUUAUUUCUGAUGGAUCAUUACUUGGUCUACAAGGAUCUAAUCAUGGUGGAAGAAAUUUUAUGCUGAAAGGUUGGUCACUCAUGCAGAAGCCGCUCCUACAAUCACCCCAACAAUUUCAACAACUCCAGUUUCUAACUCCACAACAACAACUUUUGCUGCAAACCCAUCAAAACAUGGCUUCCCUUCCAGCUAAUGAUGUAGAGACUAGAAGAUUAUGGAUGCUUCAUAACAACAAAAAUAUGGCCAUUCAUCUAGAUGGACAGAUUAAUAAUAAUAGUGGUCAUAUUAUUCCAAAUAUUGGUUCCCCUGACCAAAUUGGUGGAUCACGUAAUAAGAUAGAUAUGUUAAUAGCGGGUCAUAGCCAGCAGCAACAGCUUCAACAGUCUACAAUCUCCCAUCAGCAGGCUCAAAGCUUGAAUCAGCUUCACCAUCAACAGGCUCAAAGCAUCGGAAGUAUGCUAGAUGGGAGCAUACCAAAUUCUUUUGGAUUAGCUAACCGAGCAUCAAAGAAGAGAAAGAAAAUUGUCUCAUCCUCUGAAAGAGCUAAUAGCUCAGGAACAUCAAACAAUGUUGGGUCGUCUUCAAGUUCUGCACCUUCAACACCUUUCACUCACACUCCAAGAGAUGAAAUGUCCAUGCCACAACUGAAGUAUAAUGGUGGUAAAUCAAAAUCAUUGUCUAUGUUUGGCUAUGAUGACACCAAAAGCUUGAUCUCUCCAACAAAUCCACUGGGUGAUGUAGACCAGUUGCAGGAAGAUGGCUCCUUGGAUGAAAAUGUAGAAUCUUUUUUAUCUCAGGAAGACAUGGAUCCUCAGGAGACCAUGGGGCAUUGCAUGGAUGCCAGUAAAGGGUUUGGUUUUAUCGAGGUUGCAAAAGCUCGUGCAAGUACAAACAAGGUUGAUUGUUGUCAUUUCUCGUCGGAUGGGAAACUUCUAGCCACGGGAGGCCAUGAUAAAAAAGUUGUUUUAUGGUUCACAGAUGACUUAAACAUUAAAGCUAUAUUUGAAGAGCAUUCUAUGAUAAUUACAGAUGUCCGAUUUAGCUCAAUCAUGACUCGUCUUGCUACAUCUUCCUUUGACAAAACCAUACGGGUUUGGGAUGCUAACAAUCCGGAGUAUUCUCUCCAUACUUUCAUAGGUCAUUCAACAUCUGUUGUGUCACUUGAUUUUCACCCAAAUAAAGAAGAUAUAAUUUGCUCAUGUGACAGUGAUGGGGAAGUGCGUUGCUGGAGCAUAGAUAAUGGUAGCUGCGUGAACUGUGUUAGGGUAUUUAAUGGAGGUGCUAUUCAGUUGAGAUUUCAACCUCACCAUGGGAAAUAUCUUGCAGUUGUCUCAGAAAAGAUGAUUUCCAUACUAGAUGCAGAAACGCUGCACAUUUAUAGGAGUGAUCUACAGGGGCACUUAAAGAAUAUCCAUUCAGUUUGCUGGGAUGCUACGGGUGGCUACCUAGCCUCUGUUAGUGAAGAUUCUAUCAAGGUUUGGUCAUUUACUACAGGAAAUGAUGGUGAUUGUGUGCAUGAGUUGAUUUGCAGCGGGAACAAAUUUUAUUCUUGUGUCUUCCACCCAAAAUUUCCAUACUUGCUUGUGAUUGGUUGUUACGAGUCUUUGGAGCUGUGGGACAUCAGGGAGAAGAAUAUCGUGACCAUUAACAAUGCUCAUGAUGGCAUGAUUCCAUCGCUAGCAGCAUCAAAUGCAUCAGGGUUGAUUGCCUCAGUGAGCCAUGAUAGGCUUGUCAAGCUCUGGAAAUGACAUUAAGUUGCAACCUUCAUCAAACUUCGUUGUAGGAACAUGUCUUUUUUGCUGCAGAUAAUCAUAGGACAAAAUGGCAGCUAACCAAAUUGUUGAACCGUUUGUGCUGAGAACUAACCCUAUUUACAUUUUAUGGUUGUCCCA